AUUGUGGCUGCCAUUAUGGCUAUCACAGGCAUUGUGAUGAUGGCAUAUGCUGAUGGUUUCCAUGGGGAUUCCUUUAUGGGUGUGGCCUUAGCAGUCGGCUCCGCCUCCACUUCUGCUCUCUACAAGGUGCUGUUUAAGAUGUUCCUCGGCAGUGCCAAUCUGGGCGAGGCUGCUCAUUUCUUCUCCACGAUGGGCUUUUUCAAUCUCAUCUUCAUCUCCUGCGUUCCCCUCAUCCUGUACUUCACCAGAGUGGAGCACUGGGGUUCCCUCUCCUCUUUGCCCUGGGGUUACCUCUGCGGGGUGGCCGGCCUUUGGCUAGUAUUUAACAUCCUGGUCAAUGUUGGAGUGGUACUCACGUAUCCUAUUCUCAUAUCCAUUGGGACGUUACUCAGUGUUCCAGGCAAUGCAG